AAAUAAAUGUGAGUGGGAAUAAAUGAGUGUUCUUUCUCUUUGUUGUAUCUUUAUAUUAAAAUAUAAAAAAGAUAUCCAUAUAUAACAAGGCCAUAUUCUUUAUGUGUUAAGAGAAAACAACACAAUUAUAAUUGCUAUGGAAACAGAACCACGGAAUUUGGUCUGACGUUUCUUGGUUUCACCGUUCCAUUCCAAGGAGUCAUCAGUACACAGUUGUCAGCUGUUUAGUUCAAUAUGGACUAAUAGCAAAACAUUCCCGUCAGUAAAGUGAAUAGAAAACGUUCCCUCUCAAGAUAAUUGACUAGAAAAAUAUACAAAGCAACACGCGGUUUAUAGCCACCAAUAAUAAUAAUUAUAAUAAUAAUAAUAAUAAUAAUAAUAAUAAUAAUAAUAAUAAUAAUAAUAUCAACAGUGAUAAUAAUAAAUAAUUAUUAUUUUUAUGAUAACUAUAAAGAAAAAUAUUUUUUAAAUAAGUGAGAUUGAAUAAAUAUAAAAAUACGUGAGUACUUUUAUGCAAAGUCUAGUGCGCAACGUUGAUGUAUUGACGCAAGGACUAAAAUACAGUAUAUCUGGACUCAUGAACCUCGCAAAUCAAACUGCCGAAUCUCAGAGUGGUGCUUUCUUUGUUAAUUUUAAUCAGGACUGCACUUCAUUAUCGGUUGGAUCAAAAGCUGGGUACAGAAUUUUUUCAGUCAAUUCAGUUGAUUAUUUAGAAAAUAUAUACGAAAAUGACACUGACGACAUAUGCAUUGUCGAAAGACUAUUCAGCAGUAGUCUUAUUGCCGUGGUCACUUAUUCUUCCCCAAGAAAACUUAAAGUCUGCCAUUUUAAAAAGGGAACGGAAAUAUGUAACUACAGUUAUUCAAACACAAUUUUGGCCGUAAAACUUAAUAGAGCAAGAUUAGUGGUUUGCUUGGAGGAAUCUUUGUAUAUUCAUAAUAUACGUGAUAUGAAAGUAUUGCAUACGAUUCGUGAUACUCCGCCUAAUGUUGCAGGUCUUUGUAUUCUCUCAAUAAACAGUGAGAACUGUUACUUGGCCUAUCCUGGUUCAAAUACUAUCGGCGAGGUUCAAAUAUUCGACGCCAUUAAUCUUCAAGCCAAAACAAUGAUUCCAGCUCACGAUAGUCCACUAGCAGCACUAGCUUUUAGUCCUAGUGGUACUAAAGUAGCUACGGCGUCGGAAAAGGGCACUGUGAUUCGAGUAUUUCAGGUUCAUGAUGGUGCAAAACUUUUUGAAUUUCGUCGUGGUGUAAAAAGAUGUGUAUCAAUAAGUAGUUUGGCAUUUAGUAUGGAUUCAAUGUUUUUAUGUUGCUCUAGUAAUACUGAAACUGUACACAUAUUCAAACUAGAAGAAUCAAAAGAACCUCCGAAACAAGCCCCUGAUGAAGCACAGGGGUGGAUGGGUUACUUAACAAAAGCCGUCUGUGCAUCAGCCAAUUAUUUACCAUCGCAAGUAACUGAUGUAUUUAAUCAAGGUCGUGCUUUUGCGAGUGUUCAUCUUCCUUUUCAAGGAUUAAAAAACGUCUGUGCCAUUACAACGAUAGAAAAAGUAUUAAGGCUGUUGGUAGCUAAUGCAGACGGAUAUCUUUAUAUUUAUGACCUUGAUCCCGAUGAAGGUGGUGAUUGUACAUUGUUGAAGCAACACAGAUUAGAUGGAAAACAAGAUGAAGUGGAUUGUGCCAGUGUGUCAAACACUGGUCCAGGUACUGGUGAACCAACUCCUGCUUUUGUAACUCCUGCAGCGCCAAUAGUACAAAAUCCAGCCUGCAUAAAUAGCUACGCGGGUGCGUUGCGCGGCCGCUCGCCAGACUCCAUGUCAGGUACUGAGUCUGAAAAAUAUCAUGAGAUGAUAGCAGCAACAGAAAGUCCACCAAAAGGUGGAACAUUUCGACUGGAUGAUGACACAGAAUUUCCUCCAGUUACACAAAGAACAGAUUGAAGGAUCAAAUUAAUACAUAUCAAGUGGCAAUCAUCAAUUCAACAGGAGUAAAUUUAAAAAAAAAGAAUCUGGUGAUAAUGUGAUAUAGCAAAAUGGAAUUUCUGAUUUCGAUAUAAUAUCGUUUAUUAUUCUUUAUUUUAAAAUGAAUUCAUUUUAAUCCAAUGUUUGAUUAUUUUCCGAUCGGUCUUUGACCAAAAACUUGUAAUGAGCGUGAAAAUAUAUAAUAUUCUUUGUAUAGAAUAAGUUUGAAAAAAUAUAUAUAUAAAAAAAAAAAAAAAAAAAAAAAAAAAAAAAAAAAAAAAAAAACAAUAA